AUGGAAAUAAGAUUGGAUGUAACUCUGGUGAUGCCUUCAAAUAUUAAAUAAAAAUAGCUGUCAAUUGAAACAUACACGAAAGUAUAAGAAUUAUAUGAAUUUUUGUCAUAAGAAUUUAAGUAAUUGAAUAUCUAAUUUUUCAGUUUAGCUAAUUAUCCAAUGUAUUAAUGGACUUGUUUCUCUAAGUGGUUAAAAAAAUAUUUAAACUUUAAUGAGAUAUUUCAAUCCUCUGAUUAAAUUAUAAUAAUAACAACAAGUGAUAAAAUAGUUUUAAGGAUUGUUUCGACAAACUCUUAUUUUACAGAAAUUAUGGCAUUAUUUUCUAUUGAUAAUACAAUAAAAGAUAUCAUGGAAAGUGUCUAUAGCUUUCUAUUAAUAGAUAAGUAAUUAUAUUAAUAUAUCAAAAUAAUAGUAAUGAUGCUUUGAUUAACAUUUAUUAUGAAUAAACUUUAUUAAAUGAGUAGCAAAUAAUAAGAUAAAUCAUUAAAAUGAGUAAUAUAAUUGAAGUUGAAUUAAGAUGGAUUUAAUAGCUACUAAAGAUUCCAACAUAAUACGAUAUGAUAAAUAAUGUACCAAUGUGUGAUACUCAUUUUAAUUAUGCAAUAUCUUAAAUUUGUACUUAUAAUCAUAUAUGUCCUCAAAGAAAACUGUGUAAUUUAUGUCCCUAUGAUAAUCAUUAAGGUACAAAUAAAGACUCUUUCAUUCCAUUUUAAAUAUUUGCAGAAUAAUUAAAUAAUAAAUUUUAGAAAUAUUCAGAAUUAAAAUCAUUCAAAAGAAUUAUUGAAAAAUAAUUUAAAGUUUUAGAAUCUAAUUUUAUAGAUUUAUUAUAAAGUUAAAAGAGAAAUGUUAUGAAAUGGAUAGAAAAAUAUGAAAAUAAUAUUUCAGAAUUUUAAAUCAUAAAUGAGAAAUUAUAAAGCGAACCUUUAUUUUUUUCUUCCAAUUAAUAAAUAGAAUAAAUGAUUGAAAUUGUUUAUGAAAAGAAACUAGGAAUAUUAUAAUAGUAAAGAAAAGAUAGUUUAAAUGAUAUUUAAAAUAUAAUCUUUAAAAUUAAAAGUUUAGAACACUAACUAUCAUAAGAAUUAUAAGGAAUAUUUGAUUCAAAUUAUAAAGAGAAAUAUAAAUAAGUUGAUGAAUAAAAUUAGAUUGAUUGGGCAACGCUGACAAUUGAUGAUUCAGUAACAAUAAAAGAGUUAUUAGAGUAUUUAUAGGAAAUUAAUCCUUAAGAUUUUUCUUAAUAUAUAAAUGUUUUUGGUCCUUUAAAUGAAUGGAUAGGAUUAUCGAAAGAGAAUGGUAAAGUUUUAAGUGGUUCAGACAUUUUAAAAGAAUUAAAAAAAAAUGAUAGAAUUAAAUUUGGUCCAAUUCAUUUUAUUAUUAUUUCUAAUCAGUAUGGAGAAGUAGAUUUGGAAGCUCUAUUUUUUAAAUUAAAAUAGGAUUAUAAACCUUAGUAAGCUUAUCCAUUUGAACUAUUUCUAUCAACAGGUUAAUAAUGA